AUGAAUCAUAAAAGAUAUGAUGAAGCAGUUCAAAAUUUAAAUCAUGAAAAAUAUUUAUUAAAUCAAUUAAAAAGAAGAUCAAUAAAUUUAUUUGAAAAUAAUACAGAAACUGAAUAUUUUAUAUCUAAUAAUCACAAUAAUAACAACAAUACGUUACAUUUACCACAAGAUAACGAAAUUUAUUAUGAUUGUAGUGAAGAAGAUAUUAAUAUAAAUCAAGUUGAAGCAUUAUUAGAAAGAAAAUUAUCAAAAAAAUCAAGAAAAUCAUGUUUAUCAAUAACAGAUUCUGAUUUAAGUCAUAAUAAUAAUAAAGAAAAUAACGAAAAUAAUGAUAUAAACAAUUUGAAUAUUUCAUCACCUUCCAUAUCUCCAGAAAAAGAUUCUAUAAAAUCUUCAUUAUCAUCAACAUCUUCAAAUUCACAUUCACCACUGAAAACCUCAUCGAAUAGAAAUUCAUGGUAUAAUAAUAAUAACAAUAAAAGAUUAUCAACUGUAUCUUUAAAAGAAUUAUCAACUGAACUAAAAAGAAUUUCAAAAAAUGAAUCAGAUCCUACUUUUUUAUCAACUUCUGGAUAUACCAAUAUAGAACAACAAGCAUAUAAAGAAUUAAAUAAUAAUGGUGGCGCAUUUAUAGAAAAUAGUAAUAAUGAUCAUAUUCCAUUUCCUUCAACAAAUGAAAAUUAUAAAAGUAAUAUAGAACCACAAGAUUCACCUUAUACAAAUGAAUUUCAAUUACGUCGUAGUAAAAAUACUUUUAAAUCAAGGAAACCUUCUGUAACUUCAUCAUCAUCAUCAACUCCAAAUGAAAGUAACAAGUUACCUAUGCAAUUACACCCCGCGAAUAACAAUAAGUUACCACCAACAACUCUUUCGAAAAAACCAGAGGUGACAUUACCUACUAUACCAAAUACAAGUUCCAAACAAAAUCGUGAUCCAAACUCUGCCCAAUUCCAUUAUGAUCAAAGACAUUAUAAGAACAACGAGCAGAUGCCGCGUCAACAAUAUCAACAUAUUCAGCACAACCAACAGCAUCUACAACAACAGCAACAGCAACAGCAACAUCGACCUCUGCAACAACACCCUCAAGUGUAUCCUAGUCAGAGACAAGUAAAAUUACAACAGCAUCUACAAAAUCAUCAUUAUUCGCAACAACAGCAACAAAAUAACAUUAAACAAAGACAUUCACCAAAACAACAACAUUCUCAGGCAUUACCAACUAGACAACAUUCAAACCUGCAAUAUCCCCAAAUAUAUCCUCAACAACAAAAGUAUCCACUGCAUAGGCAUCAAGUUCCAUAUCAACAACAGCAUGUACCAUCAAAUAAACAUCAUCAUAGGCCAGAACAACCUUCCAAUGAAUUCAUACAUCAACAACAACAGCAACAACAUCAAAAAGGACCAAUGCAUGUCAAACAAAGUCAAAAGAGAAUUCCAUCAGCAUCAAAUACAAACAUUAAUGAUUUUAUGAUCCAAACUCCAACAACAAAAUCAAAGCAUCGUCAUAGACAUCAAAAAGUAGAACCAGAACCGAUUCAAAAAACCUACCCUCAACAAAGAUCGCAACCACAACAAUAUAUUCGUCAACAAACUCCUCAACAUUAUAAUUAUAACAAUGGGAUACCCCACAGAUCACAACAAUUGCAUCAAAACUUGGAUUUAUUAAGAUCAGAAAUUAAUGAAUUUAAAGAAAGUUUAAGUAGAUCAACUGAUGAUAGACCUGUGAUGACAAAUGAUCAACAUCAUCAAAAAUCUUUGCAUUUAGAUCAAACAAAAGAACCACUGCCACCUAAAAAUCUUUCAAAUUCAGAUAUUAGUUUUGAUGUAAGUUAUCAAGAUUUAUCAACUGAUGAUCCUUUGGGUAUGGAGAAAGAAAUUUCAAGAAGUUCUACUUCACCACCAAUUUUCAAUAAUCAAGAUUCUGAAAAAGUUAAUAAUGAGGAAAAUAUAACUAAUAAUAAGCAAUCAACUCCUGAAACUUCGCCUAAAAAAGAAUUUAGAAUUGGUGUUCCUCUUCAUCAAUCACCAUCACCUGAAAAAGAGAAAAUAUCACCAAUUGAAGAUAGUGAAGAUGCAUUUGUUUUACAUUCUACUCCUCAAGUAUCACCAGUUAAAGCUAAAAUCAAAUCACCUUCCCCACCACACAUCGUUUCACCAGAAAAGAAAGAAAUUCUAGAGGAACCUGAGAUAAAACAAUCAACACCUGAAGCAAUUGCAAAUCCAUUAGAUGAAGUUGAUGAUAUUUUUGCCAAUAUUCCAACAGUUGAUAAUGACUUUUUAGAUCUCAACGAUGAUGAAGAUGAAGAUGAAAAUCAUUACACAGAAAAAGUACAAAUUAUAAGAGAAAAUGAUUUAGAAAUUUCUCCAAAAUUCCAAGCAUCACCUAAAUAUGAAAAUAUUGAAUUAUCUGAUGAUGAUGAUCAAUUUGAAAAAUCAAAUUCAUCAAGAAGAUUAUUAUUUUUACAACAACAAAAUGAAUCAACUAAUUCAUCUAUAAAAACAACUUCAAAAGCAACUAAAGUUAAUACUAAAUUAUUUAACAAGGGAAGUGUUCAAAUAAUUGAUUCAAAUAAUUAUGAAGAAAAAAUGGGAUUAAAAAAGCAUAAAAAACAAAAUAGUCAAGAAGAUAAAUCAUUAAAAAAGAAGAAAAGUUUUGGAAUUUUAUCAACAUCAUUAUCACCAUCAAUAUCAGAAAAUAUAGAUGAUAAAAAAAUUUUAAAAAAGAAAAAAAGUUGGAAUUGGUUAAGAGAAAGAUCAUCAAGUUUAUCAUCAAUGGAUUCAAAUUCAUCUUCAUUAAAUAAUCAAAUUCAACCAUCAAAUAAUCAAUCUAAACCAAUUAGAUCUUUUUCAAAUCCUGAAACUUCUUCAUCAAGUAAUAACGAAGAUUCAACGGGGUCAGAUAAAGAAAAUGCAUUUUCAAGAUUAUUUAAAAAGAAAUCAAAAAUUAAUUUAAAUCAUAAUGAUAAAUUAAGAAAUUCAACAGAUUCAGAAAAUAGUAAUUCUGGUGUUACACUUGUUGAAGAGAAAAUUCCAACUAUUAAGAAAAAAUCAAGUGGAUUGUUUAAGAAAAGAUCUAAAGCGAAAUUGAAUGAAACUGUAACUGAUAAUAAGCAUGAUCAAAAAACUGAACGAAAUAUUGAACAAAAAACUGAACCAGAAACUACUGAGAAGAAAGAAUUAUCAAGUAUCCCAAUGGAAGUAUCAACUAAAAUCCAUCUGGCUUCUAAAUUAAAUAAUCAUAUUGACUCAAACGAAUUGGAUAUUGAUAAUGACCUCUUAGACAAUGAUGAAAUAUUAGAUAAAAAUGUGGAUCUUGAAGAGAAUACAAUUCCAACGCCAAUUGAAAAAGAUGUUGAACCAACAAUUGAUAGUUUAGAGAAAGAAGAAAUAACAAAUGAUCAAGUAUCUAUCAAUGAAGUAAAACUAGAUCUGUUAAAGAAAAAUAAAAAGAAUCGCCUCAAGAGAAAUAAACUCCAAAAAGAAUCAGAAAAUAAUGAACCUUCAAUUCAAAUCAAAUCAAGAACGUCAAAGGAAGAAGAAUUAAAUCAAAUUGAAUCAACAUCAAAACAAGAAGAAACAGAACCAUCCACAACAGAAGUAGAUUCAAAAAAUAAAUUAGAUAUUCAAGAAAAACUAAAAAAACAAAUAAAGAGAACUUCAAAAGCAAAUCAACCAAUAGAAUUUAGUGAUUCUGCUUUUGGGUUCCCAUUACCACCACCCUCACAAUCUACAAUUAUAAUGUUAGAUUAUAGGUUUCCGGUACAUGUGGAAAGAGCAAUUUAUAGAUUGUCUCAUUUAAAACUAGCAAACCCUAAGAGAUCAUUGAGGGAACAAGUAUUAUUAAGUAAUUUCAUGUACUCAUAUUUGAAUUUGAUUGAUCAUACUUUACACAUUGAACAAAUGGAAAAUAAAGAGGAAGAGGAGGAAGAUCAAGGGGAUAAGGAAAAUAAUAAUAGUGAUAAUGAUGAUGAUGAAAAACCUAUACAUAAUAGAGAAAAAUUAGAUAAUAAUGAUGAAAAUUUAGAAUUAGAAGAAGAAAUAAUUAUUCCAAAAACAAGUUUAGAAAUAAAUGAAAAUGAUGAUAUUGAAGAUAAUAAUGAAGAUAUUCAAGAAUUUGAACAAUUUGUUGAAGAAGAAGAUAUAGAUUAUUAUGAUAAUGAUGAUAAUGAAAUUGAAGAUGAUUAUGAAGAUGAUGAAGAAGAUGAUUAUGAUGAUGAUGAUGAUUUGGAAGUUGAUAAUCAUAAGAAAUUAAAGAAUAGUGUUAUUGUAAUUGGUGGAAAUUUAAAUGACAAACCAGAAAGAAAUAAAAGAAGAAUUAAACGUAAUAGAGGUACUAAUAUUAAUGGUAGUAGUAAUACUGGAUUUUCUUCAAAAAAUAUAGUUAAUAGGAAUUAUAAUGAUUCAAGAAUUAUUGCAUAA